UAACGUGACACACACCGAGAGCAAUAUGGUUUUAUGUAUGUUCAAAAGGACUGCUUUACUAAUGUUGUUAUCUGCUUUCAAGCGUGUUUUCUACCGAGCAUGUGCGAACAAUUCAAAGAAAUGAAAUAAAAUAAACAUUUGUCUGCUCGUUGUGUGGCUUCAUCAGACGGACUGUGCCAGUUUACAUGCUAAGUGUCCAGUGGAUCCCAUGAAGUGGAGACGCUGCACAGGAAUGAGGCCAGGCUGAGAAGCUCUGACGUUAUUCAACUUGAUUGUUGUUUAGAGACGGUAAAUCAAUAUGGCCCUGCAGGCUUCUGCCUUUCCUAAUGGCUUUGUUGUGGGCAUCCAUGCUGUGGGAUGGGCUUUUAUCGUGCCAUGUUUCUGGUUUCUUGAUCGCCUCAUUGCUGUGUGCAAGUCCACCACGCUGGAGAAAAGUCAGCGGCUGGAGCAGGAAUGCUAUCUUCGCCCCCUCGAGGUCUUUUUUGGCUCCAUUACCUUCUUUAUUCUUUUUCUCGCUACAGCCCCUUUGGCUUUUCUCGGCUUUCUGCUUUGGGCACCUCUUCAGGCCUGCCGCAGGCCAUUUAGCUACCACAGAGAGAUGCCAUUCUUACCAGAGAAGGCAACAAACAAGGGCUUUGAGCUGACUGGUAAGGCGUCAUUUGUCUUUGCUUCAGCCAACCUUUGUCUGCUGCCUGACAGCCUGGCUCGCUUUAACAACUUGGCUAACACUCAACAUAGGGCAAGUGCUAUUGGCCAAUGCAUUGUGCAGGGCAUAUCUCGCCCUAAUAUCCGCAUAUUAGUUGACUCCCCAAGCAGCUGUGGUACUCUCAGCCCCUCCACCAGCAUUCUCCCAACAGUGAACUCACCUACAUACGGGGCUACAGUAAGUCAACAUCCUGACCCAGCUGAAAUGCAUGAUCUAAAUCUAAAUUCUAACAUAGAUUGUGUACCCAACGAUGAUACAGAAGAGCCUUUGAAUGAGUCCACCUUUCCCCUCCUCAAUUCCAACCGUAACUCUAACCAGCAGGACCAAUCGAGUCAGCAAAAUCCCCGAGCUUUGAGCUCUCAGGGACUCCGCCAGCAGAAUGAUGUACCCUGGGAGAUAUCUCCACUGUUUCCAGCCAACGUUGACAUACUGUGCCUUGAAGAAGUGUUUGAUAAGAGGGCUGCACGGAAGCUCACCAAUAUAUUGAAGCUUGAAUUUGGACACAUACUGUAUGAUAUAGGUGUGUAUGCGUGCCAGCCACCAUGCAGAUGUUCUUCUUUUAAGUUCUUCAACAGUGGGCUCUUCCUCGCCAGCCGAUUCCCUGUCCUCGAGGCCCAGUACCACUGCUUUCCAAACAGCCGAGGCGAGGAUGCACUGGCUGCCAAGGGUCUGCUUUCUGUUAAGGUGCUUAUCGGGCAGAACCAGAAACAGAAGAGAGUGGUUGGCUAUUUUAACUGCACACACCUUCAUGCACCAGAGGGUGAAGGGGAAAUUCGUUGUAUCCAGUUAGAAAUGGUAACUAAGUGGAUCGCGGAAUUUCAAGCUGCCAACAAACAACCUGAUGAGGAUGUUGUUUUUGAUGUGCUCUGUGGAGAUUUCAACUUUGACAACUGCUCACCUGAUGAUCGUCAGGAACAGAAUCACUCUGUUUUUGAGGAAUACAAAGACCCUUGCAGGGCCGGACCUGGAAAGGAGAAGCCCUGGGUCACCGGUACUCUGCUGGAACAGCCCACAAUGUAUGAAGAAGAUGUAAACACCCCAGAAAAUCUACAGAGGACUUUGGAGAGUGAGGAUCUGAGAAAGAGGUAUGUCGCUCCUCCUGUACCUGAGGCGGACUCUCCGUUGGUGUACCCUGAAACUGACCAGCCGUGGAUUGGACGACGGAUCGACUAUAUCCUGUACCGCGAAAGCUCCAUUUCGAAGCAGUGCCGAACAGAAAUUGAAGAGGUGACCUUUAUAACUCAGCUGGCUGGGCUUACGGACCAUAUUCCUGUGGGACUGAAACUGAAUGUAGUUAUGGACUCAGACUCUGCUGAUGAAUGAGGACUCAUUCAAACAACAGUACAAAAUGCACAAAAAAAGUGCACUGCUUUACUCUGUACAGGUACAAGAGUGUUUUGACUAUAUGCUUGAAUUUGUAAUUUUAAUGACCAAGGAGAUUAUACCUCAGGUGAACUUUAUACAGAUUUAUAGCAUAAAGGUUUUAUAAUCGAUGCAUUUUAUAUAUCAGGGGUUGUUCAGGCCAGAGGUGUUGAUUUUAUAAAACAGUAGCAUUCUCCUGUCAUAGUUUUCUACCAAAAUAAAUGCAAAUAAUGAAUUUUAUACUUUUCUUUCUGACAACAUUUAAGAGGUGCAUUUUUUUUACUUGCCCUUCUGACACAGCAGACAAUAGUACUGUUGUGACUAUCAUCCAGCUGCUAGACAAAAUGUUGACAGCACACAAUUAUGAUUAUAAUGAACAAAAACUUCAACAAACAGUGCAUUAGUAAGUAACAGCUUUGUUUUCUUAUAUACGCAAGUCCAUGCCAGUCUUACCUUACAAAUAAAAAAAGCAGACAGACAGUUCAUCAAAGUAGCAGAGGCUUUGAAGAAAGUAAAUACAAAAUAAAAAGCCAGAGUGAUUUAAAUGUUGCUGGAAACCAAACUUGAAAUUAAGGAAAUAAUGAAUAUAUGCCAACAACUCCAAUUUAAGAGCUGCAACAUCUGAUGAGAUGCAACAAUAAAAUAUGGCAGGUGAAUUGAUAUGUACAAUUUGAUGUUCUUCUGGAAAACCUUGAGUCCUGGCAUUCAUGUGGAUGUGAUUGUGACGCACACCACUCACCAAAACAGUGAUGCUUACAUCCACUACAAAGGCACCUCCAGACGGCGGGGCAGGACAAUACACUUCAUUUGAGACUUGCUCAGAAGAAUAGACCAAGCUGUUGAUGCCACCUGCAAAGUCUGCAGAUCUUAAUGCAAUUGCACAUCCACUGGAUAUAAAGGAACAACCAAACAUCACAAGACAUCCCCAGAGUUCCUGUGUCCAUUCCAUGAUGGGUCAGCUGG